AGCAUGAGGCAGGCGCAGUAGCAGACUCCUGUAUCCGAGAGAAGGAGACAGACGGUGCCAGCUGCUAGCUAACUUAGCUCUAGUAGACAGUUAGCAACUAGCUUCAGAGUCCUAGCGCCUUAACUACAUAUGAGGCACUGAGCAAGAGUGUGCUUGCGUGUGUGUGUGGCAGCGCGUGUGUCUCCUCGCCCCGCUCGGCUGUCCUGUGGUCACUCCGUGUGUGUAGCCUACCUGUGUGUGUGUGUGUGUGUGUGUGCCAGUGUGUGUGUGUAUAUAUAAACUCCCAUAUCUUCCUCUCCCGAGCAGCAGCGUGUCUGUUGUGAGGUUAGCACGCAGGGAAGCAACACAUAAACACACUCUGAUACUCGAUUGUUUACAUUCGGUGUCCGGUUACUUGCCAGCGGGAUUCCCGGCUUUUACUGUCAACGACACAGCACCUGCAUGAUGUUGCGGUUCACUGUAGUACGAAGCGGCCUCGGGAUGCUGGCUGUGAGGAGGACCUGUGUGUCCCCACGCUUCUCCCACUCUACCCCGCAGAGCAACAUCCGACCAAUCAAGAAAGUGAUGGUGGCCAACAGAGGGGAAAUCGCAAUCCGUGUGUUCAGAGCCUGCACUGAGCUCGGGAUUCGAACCGUGGCCGUCUACUCGGAGCAGGACACCGGACAAAUGCACAGGCAAAAGGCGGACGAGGCUUACCUGAUUGGAAAAGGCCUUGCACCUGUUGCAGCAUACCUGGACAUUCCUGACAUCAUCAGAGUGGCAAAGGAAAACAAUGUGGACGCCAUCCACCCCGGCUACGGGUUCCUGUCGGAGCGGGCGGACUUCGCUCAGGCCUGCCUAGACGCAGGAGUGAUGUUCAUCGGACCGAGCCCAGAGGUGGUCCGCCAGAUGGGAGACAAGGUGGAGGCUCGGGCCCUGGCCAUCAGUGCAGGUGUACCUGUGGUCCCGGGGACCGCGUUUCCCAUCAGCUGCCUGCACGACGCACAGGUGUUUGCAGAAACACACGGCUUCCCCAUCAUCUUCAAAGCAGCGUACGGAGGAGGAGGCCGCGGCAUGAGGGUGGUCCGUGAGUACGAGGAACUUGAGGAGAAUUACCAGCGGGCCUACUCUGAAGCCCUGACGGCUUUUGGGAACGGAGCCCUGUUUGUCGAGAAGUUUCUGGAAAAGCCAAGACAUAUUGAAGUACAGAUCCUCGGCGAUAAAUAUGGAAAUGUCAUCCACCUCUACGAGAGAGACUGCUCCAUUCAGCGGAGACACCAAAAGGUUGUGGAAAUUGCACCGGCGUUCCAGCUGGACCCUCACCUGAGAAACCGUCUCCACUCUGACGCCGUGAACCUCGCCAAAAUGGUGGGCUACGAGAGCGCGGGCACUGUGGAGUUCCUGGUGGACCGACAAGGCAAACACUACUUCAUCGAGGUCAACUCUCGACUGCAGGUUGAACACACGGUCACUGAAGAGAUCACCGAUGUGGACCUGGUGCACGCCCAGCUGCAUGUGUGUGAGGGCCGCAGCCUGCCUGAGCUGUCCCUCAAUCAAGACAAGAUCAGAGUGAACGGCUGCGCCAUCCAGUGCAGAGUGACCACCGAGGACCCGUCCAGAGGCUUCCAGCCCGACACCGGCAGGAUCGAGGUUUUCCGAAGCGGCGAAGGCAUGGGCAUCCGCCUGGACAGCGCCUCGGCCUUCCAGGGGGCCGUCAUCUCCCCCCACUACGACUCCCUCCUGGUGAAAGUCAUCGCCAGCGGGAAGGACCUGCAGACUGCAGCCUCCAAGAUGAGCCGAGCCCUGGCCGAGUUCAGAGUGCGAGGGGUCAAGACCAACAUCCCGUUCCUGCAGAAUGUGUUUUCCAACCACCAGUUCCUCAACUCCACCGUGGACACCCAGUUCAUCGACGAGAACCAGGAGCUGUUCAACCUCAAACCCACUCAGAACCGGGCCCAGAAACUGCUGCACUACCUGGGUCAUGUGAUGGUGAACGGACCAACCACACCCAUUCCAGUCAAAGCUAAGCCUUCCUCCAUAGACCCUGUCAUCCCCCCUGUUACCUUGGGAGACCCUCCGCUGGGUUUCCGCGACGUGUUGCUGCGUGACGGUCCGGAGGGAUUCGCCAAGGCUGUCCGUGCCCACCAGGGUCUGUUGCUAAUGGAUACCACCUUCAGGGAUGCCCACCAGUCGCUCCUGGCAACAAGGGUUCGGACCCACGACCUGAAGAAGAUCUCGCCGUUUGUCAGCCACAACUUCAACAACCUCUACAGCCUGGAGAACUGGGGAGGUGCCACAUUUGACGUGGCCAUGCGUUUCCUGUCAGAGUGCCCGUGGAAGAGGCUCCAGGAGCUUAGAGCUCUGAUCCCAAACAUCCCCUUCCAGAUGCUGCUGAGAGGAGCCAACGCUGUGGGCUACACCAACUACCCCGACAACGCUGUCUUUAAGUUCUGCGAGGUGGCGAAAGAGAACGGCAUGGACAUUUUCCGCGUGUUCGAUUCCCUGAACUACCUGCCCAACAUGCUGCUGGGCAUGGAGGCUGCUGGAGCGGCGGGGGGCGUGGUGGAGGCCGCCAUCUCCUACACGGGCGACGUCUCGGACCCCAUGAGGCAGAAGUACUCUCUGGACUACUACAUGCAGCUGGCCGAUGAGCUGGUGAAAGCAGGAACUCACAUCCUCUGCAUCAAGGAUAUGGCCGGCCUCCUGAAGCCGCAGUCCAGCAAGCUUCUGAUUGGCUCUCUGAGAGACCGCUUCCCCGACCUGCCCAUCCACGUGCACACUCACGACACCGCGGGGGCCGGAGUAGCCGCCAUGCUGGCCUGUGCCGAGGCUGGAGCUGACGUAGUGGACGUGGCUGUGGACUCUAUGGCCGGGAUGACCUCUCAGCCCAGCAUGGGGGCCAUUGUGGCCUGCGCCAAGGGGACCGAGCUUGACACCGGCAUCGCUCUGGAGAAGGUGUUCGACUACAGCGAGUAUUGGGAAGUAGCGAGAGGCCUGUAUGCUCCAUUCGACUGCACGGCCACCAUGAAGUCUGGAAACGCUGACGUGUACGAGAACGAGAUCCCCGGAGGACAGUACACCAACCUGCACUUCCAGGCUCACAGCAUGGGACUGGGACAUAAGUUCAAGGAGGUGAAGAAGGCCUACACCGAAGCCAACAAACUCCUGGGAGACCUCAUUAAGGUGACCCCCUCCUCUAAGAUCGUGGGGGACUUGGCCCAGUUCAUGGUGCAGAACAACCUAACCCGGGCGGAGGUGGAGGAGAGGGCGGAUGAGUUGUCCUUCCCCCUGUCGGUGGUGGAGUUCCUGCAGGGAUUCAUCGGGAUCCCACAUGGAGGAUUCCCCGAGCCGUUCAGAUCUAAGGUGCUGAAGAAUCUCCCUCGCAUUGAGGGUCGCCCCGGCGCCUCUCUGCCCCCCCUUGACUUCAAGUCCCUGGAGGAGGGUCUGCGGGCGGCACACAACGAUGAGAUCACCCCCGAGGAUGUGAUGUCAGCAGCCAUGUACCCCAAAGUGUUCCAGGAGUUUAAGGAAUUUACAGCUAACUUUGGUCCAGUGGACUGUCUCAACACCCGGCUGUUCCUGGACGGACCCAAGAUCGCUGAGGAGUUUGAGGUGGAGCUGGAGAGAGGAAAGAUCCUGCACAUCAAGGCCCUCGCUCUGGGGGACCUGAACAAGGCGGGCCAGAGGGAAGUCUUCUUUGAACUGAACGGACAGCUGAGAUCUGUGCUGGUGAAAGACACUGUCGCCAUGAAGGAAAUGAAGUUCCAUCCCAAGGCUCAGAAGUCUAUCAAGGGUCAGGUGGGAGCGCCCAUGCCUGGAAAAGUGGUGGAGGUUAAAGUGGAAGUUGGAUCCAAGGUGGAGAAGGGGCAGCCGCUGUGUGUCCUCUCAGCCAUGAAGAUGGAGACCGUGGUCAACUCCCCGUUAGCCGGCACCAUCAAGGCGGUGCAUGUCAUGGCCGACGCCUCGCUGGAGGGAGGCGACCUGAUACUGGAGAUUGAGGAGUAGAGGGAGGUAUUUAGAGUCUCUGAUCCUGGGAAUGAUGAUGGGGGGGGGGGGGGGGGGGGGUAAAAACACUUAUCUGUUGCAGUACUGACAUUUGUACAUAUUCUGGGGUUACAACAUGAAGCAAAGCUGCACACAACGGUUGGUGUAAAUAGUAGAUUAUCUGACAAUCCUUAUAUAUUCAUUUGAUGGGGAUUCCUUAAUGAACUGUACCACUAAUCGAACUAUAUUAUCUCUUAGGCGUGGUGAUUAGUAUCUCAGUACAUCUCUUAAUGUCCUGUCAACUUGUGGAGAAUAACAUAUCUUAGAAAGACCUAUAUUUGAAUUGUUAUACAUUCCAUUACUUGCUAAUCUCACUAGUCUUAAAUGUGAUGUACUACAAACUGAGCUAAUCAUGUGUAACACUAACAGGGUUCUAACAUCUACUUGCAAUUAAAUGCCACAAUUUCCAUUUCUAUGCUGUUGAUGUUGCUUAAUAUAUUCAAAGUGUGUAGACAAAACUUUAUAUUAAUGUUUUUCUUGGGUUAGGACAAGAAGUAUGUAUGCUCGUCUUGGCAUUACUGAUCUCUGAGCGCCACAGCGGAGUGUAGCAUUAAGACUCACUGACUUUUGUAGGGUAAACAUGUAAUACUGUUCUUUAGAAAGACAAUGAAGCACACAUCUUACGUCUUGCACAGAAGGAAAAUAAAUAGAAAUCUGAACACAAUGAGAGAAGCACAACAGAUCAAAGCACUGUUUCAGGGCCAGAUGUUUAAACAGAGUAUUUUGCUAUCAGAAAUAGUAGAUGGUUUAUUUUUGGAAAGAUCUUCGCUGGUGAUGGAAAUGUUUCCUCAUUCACACCUGUCUUUAAAUCCCAUGAAGCUGUCGGCCAUUUUGGAGACAAGCUAACAGGAUUAGUCAUGUGAUUUUUUUGAAGUAUAUCUAAAACCAAUUGAGCUCUAUCUGCUGGAUUUUAAAAGUGUUAAAUCACAGGCUGCUAAGGUAACUUUCUUUUAGGGUCUCUGAUUUCAAAAAGCUUUCACAGCGCAGCUCGUCCAUCUUUUAAUAACCAGGAGAGAUUAUGGUGAACGGUCUUCUGACUGCAAGGGGAUUUUAAGGCUAGGUGAAAAUGGGAUUACAUGGUGGUGUAAUGGAGGCGUGUGGUGGUAUUUUCUGAGGCUCUGCUGAUGAAUUUUUAAAUUAAUUCUCUGUCAAAUGAUGUGAAAUUAGCCGGACUAAUAACAGACUCUGGAGACUACCAGUAGCAGCGCUCGGUUUUAUAUUUCUGAUGUGUGUGUUUGCAUAAAUGAGUGUGGCUGUGUGCAAGCAAAUUCACAAGUCAACCAGUCCUUAAAAUAAUGCACCUCCAGAAUUAAAAACCUCCUAAAAGCAAUUCAAUAUUCAUAACACGCACUGAUGCAAACAUAUUUGUACUAACACUCCCAGCCCUUCUGCUGCCUAGAUACAAACAAACACACCUCUCAGUGGUGUUGCGCGGAUGUCAAACAUUACAGUUCCUGAAUUUAACAGACAAGAUUCAACCGAUUCCACAAAUGCCAGACUUCUCAAUUAUUUGGAUGUCUUGAACCUGGAAGUGAUCAAUGCUAAAUUGAAUAUUUCGCCACCCUGACCAGUGAAAGGAGAUAAGUAAUUAGCUCACAUAGUAAUUACAGUAGGAAAGGAAGUGUCACAUCUCCCUGUUAUGCAGUGAACGAGCAGAAAAGAUAUGACAGCCUACUUUCCCCAAACAUCAAUACUGCUUUGAUGGACUAAUCAAAGCACACAAUUCAAGUUGAACUGUUCUGACAUUUUUGCUCCAUUACCUCUGAGAAUGAGACCCCCUUCUGAACUAUGCAUCUAUACUAAGCAGUGACACUAUGUAAGUACGACACUGAAAAGUCCUCUCGCUCUCCCAAGCCCCCUGUACUCCUGGCUUUAUCAAUCUGUAUUAACUACUGGGAUUGUAUGAAAGAGUGUUUUCAACCAGCUGUUGCAAAAUAAUGUUAAGUUCCCUCACUUGUCCAUAUAUCCAACCACCUUUUCAUCUUGUCUUCCUUCUCAACAGUGUAAAUGGUGGUUUCCUCUAAUGCAAUAAUGUACUGAAUCACAGUGUUUCUCUGUCUUAGCCUGCUGUGAUUGUAACAACCAUGUUUCUGACAAAGUACUGCUGAUAUUGUCUGGGGUUAAAAAAAAGAAUAAAUGGGAGAAAAAAAAGCACAUAA